CGACGAUGGUGAUUCCAGCCCUCCCUGCAGACUAUGCGCCCCCGGCGUCAACUUCAAAGUUGUCUCCUUUCCACACCCAACCCCAGGGAAAACUGAUCGCCGCUGGUCCCGCUUAUCUCGCUCACAUUCGUCUCACCCAUCAUCACGAUGGUGACUUUAGCAAGUUCGAUGCUGCCCUUGCCGCGGAGCGCGAUGCGCUCGCUGCAUCCAACGGCGGAAAUACCGAAGAGGACGAUCUCGGUGUUGGUGAGGAGAGCGAAGACGAGGCCUUGCUGUCGUUGGAUCCAAAGGAAUGGAAAAAACAAGAUCACUACCGCGUUCUGGGCUUGAGUCACCUGCGCUACACCGCGUCUCCAGCUCAGAUCAAGAUUGCCCACCGUAAAAAGGUGUUGCGCCACCACCCUGACAAGAAGGCUUCAGACACCACCGCCUCGUCUCUGGGCAUCAACACGAAUGACGACGCGUUUUUCAAGUGCAUUCAGAAGGCGCACGAAGUCCUCACUCACUCCGAACGCCGCCGCCAGUUUGAUUCCGUUGAUCCGGCCUUCCUCGAGCUCAUCGAUGAAGUCCCCACUGCUUCUGAAUUCAAGGCCAAAAAACCUCCUGCCUUCAUCCCUGCGUUUGCUCCCGUGUUUGAGCGGGAGGGCCGCUUCUCUCGUACUCAGCCCGUCCCCGGUCUCCGCGUCCCGUCUGAUCCGCCCUCUGCCGACCCCAACGACAUCGAGGGCCACGACUUCCCGACUGUCAAGGCGCACGUGGAAUCGUUCUAUGAUUUCUGGUACAACUUCGAUUCGUGGCGGUCGUUUGAGUGGCUGGACAAGGAGGUGAACGAGGGUAGUGACAGCCGCGACGACAAGCGCUACACCGAGAAGAAGAACAAGAGCGAGCGUGCCCGCCGAAAGAAGGAAGAUAUCGCUCGUGUGCGGAGCCUUGUUGACUUGUGUUUGAGUGUCGAUCCUCGUAUCAAAUGGAUCAAACAGCAGGAGAAGGAGGCUCGCGAAGCGAAGAAGAAUGCUGGCCCAGGUGGCAAGGCACCCACUGCCGCUGCUGCCGCCGCAAAGAAGGCCGAAGAGGAGGCUGCUCUCCAGGCCAAAAAGGAGGCAGAUGACCAGGCUGCUAAAGCUGAUGCAAAGAAGGCGAAAGCGGCCGCCGCCAAUGCCGCGAAAAAGGCUCGCCGUGCGGCAAGGGUGGCGGAGGACGGAGCUUGAUUUAUACUUCUAGAGCACUUGUUUGUUCUUAAGAGAGAAAUAGAGAGAGAGCAACUUCAUUGCAAACAAGUCCACGAUCAAUUCUGGAACGCAACGGGACAACUCAGUCUCGUUUAAGAUUCCUUCUGACGACAAACAUCCGCUCUCCAUCCUGCGUUGUUGUCAACUCCGACACACCAGCCAAUGCAAGGAGGUCCUGUGACAUCUGUUCUCCUUCCGAUUUGUU